AUGGGCCAGGAGCUGUGCGCCAAGACGCUGCGGCCCGGCUGCGGCUGCCAUCGCUGCGGGGAGGGGGGCGACGCGCGCGGCUGUCAGAGGAGAGCGCCCGCCAGCACCGGCGCCGAGGCUGCCAUCCAGCUAACGGACCUAAAGGAAGCAUCAUGUUCCAUGACUUCAUUUCGCCCCCGGGGACGUCAGGCUGCCCAUGCCCGGAAGCUCAAGAGUAAAAGGCCACGGAGUAACAGUGAGUCUUUUCAGGAAGAGGAUCUGAGGCAGGGCUUUCAGUGGCCGACGAAGACCCUCCUCCCUUUUGGGGCAGCCUCAUCCUACUUGAACUUGGAGAAGCUGGGUGAAGGUUCCUAUGCUACGGUUUACAAGGGGAUUAGCAGAAUAAACAAACAACUAGUGGCUUUAAAAGUCAUCAGCAUGAAUGAAGAGGAAGGAGUCCCAUUUACAGCCAUCCGAGAAGCUUCUCUUUUGAAGGGUCUGAAACAUGCCAAUAUUGUGCUCCUGCACGACAUAAUCCACACCAAAGAGACACUCACAUUCGUCUUCGAAUACAUGCACACGGACCUGGCUCAGUACAUGUCUCAGCACCCUGGUGGGCUGCACCCUCACAACGUCAGGCUUUUCAUGUUCCAACUUCUGCGGGGCCUGGCGUACAUCCACCACCAACACGUCCUUCACAGGGACCUGAAACCUCAGAACAUUCUCAUCAGUCACCUGGGAGAGCUCAAACUGGCUGACUUCGGUCUUGCUCGGGCCAAGUCCAUUCCCAGCCAGACAUACUCUUCAGAAGUUGUGACCCUCUGGUACCGCCCUCCUGAUGCCUUGCUGGGAGCCACUGAAUAUUCCUCUGAACUGGACAUAUGGGGUGCCGGCUGCAUCUUUAUUGAAAUGUUCCAGGGUCGGCCUUUGUUUCCUGGGGUUACCAGCAUCUUUGAACAGCUGGAGAAGAUCUGGGAGGUGUUGGGAGUCCCUACAGAGGACACCUGGCCUGGAGUUUCCAAACUACCUAACUACAAUCCAGAAUGGUUCCCACUGCUGAAACCACAGAGCCUGCAGAACGUCUGGAACAGGUUGGGCAGAAUUCCGGAAGCCGAAGACCUGGCCUCGCAAAUGCUCAAAGGCUUCCCGAGAGACCGCGUCUCUGCGCAGGAGGCCCUGGUCCAUAAUUAUUUCAGCUCCCUGCCGUCUCAGCUGCACCAGCUUCCCGAUGAGGAGUCUUUGUUUACAGUUUCAGGAGUGAGGCUGAAGCCGGAAAUGUAUGACCUUCUGGCUUCCUACCGGAAAGGCCCCCGCACGGCCCACUUCAGCAAAUGCUGGUGA